CUCUCUCUCUCUCUCGUGUUGUCGGCGGUGGUGAUUCUCCGGCGAAGCUACUUAUUCACCGGAAAAUUACUAUGCUUGGUGAGAGUUUCCUGGAUCCGAUUUCUCAAAAGUGGGACCUUGAUGGGUAGUUUAGGGAAUGUCUUUGAAUGAAGCAAAGACUAAGUCUUGCUCUAAAAGAGGAAAGGGAAAUAUUCCAUUUUUAGUUUUGUCUUUGCCUUUUGUCUUUGUGUUUGGAGGGGGGAAACUUGCAUGUGAAGGGAUCUGGCGUUGAACGAAUAAGCCUGAGACCGUACUGUGUGUUUAAUCUUCUCUGUCAAGCCCAUGUCGGAGAAGCUAGUUGAGUGUGAGUCCCCUUGGUUCUGUUCUCACAGCAAUCAAUCCUAAAGUUAAUGCCUUUGUGAGCUUAGGCCCUAGGGAUUAAAAGUGAUUGGCUUCUGGGCUGUUUUGAGAGAUGGAGGAUAUUGGGUUGGUUAAACAAGGUUGGAACUGGAUGCAGUCUCAGAAACACAUGUGUUCGAAUGCUUGUUCUGCGGUGCGGCGUUUUGGGGAGAAGGUAGGGGAGCUUGUGGAGCGUCACUGGCCAUUGGUGUGUAGUGGAUGUGGGAAGCUGUUAGGGCUGCUCCGCCUGGGAAUUGUUUACUGGAAAGAUUGUAUUUUGAGGGGUUUCCGUUGCAGUGCUAAGUUGGGCUCAGCUGCUUUGCUUUUGAUCAUGUGGAGUUGCUUCCUUAGCUUGACUUCCUUGUCUUGCUUGCUCUAUGUUCUCCUCAGCAUGGGAGCUGCUGCAGCUGUUGUUGUGAACUUGGGUUGCACUCCUGGGCUCUUUAUUGUCGGACUGUUUGGUAUUUUGAUUUUAUGGAUGUAUGCAAACUUUUGGAUCACCGGCACAUUGUUCAUAGUUGGAGGCUAUUUAUUCUCCUUAAACCACGCCCGUCUGGUGGUUCUAAUAGCGGCUGGAUAUGCAAUGUACUGUGUAAAAGUCAGACUCGGAUGGCUUGGUGUUCUGCUCUCAAUGAAUCUUGCAUUCUUGUCAAACGAUGUAUUAAACUGUCUUCUUCAAUGGUGUGACAAUCUAAGCGAAAAGCCACAACCUGAGGAACCAAAGAAGUCUGAAGAAACGAUUAUAGAAGAAGACUAUCCAGGGGAAUUUGAGUAUCCAUCUGUUCCUGUAGAAGAAGAAGAAGAAGAAGAGAAAACUGAGAAAAAGGUUCACGAGAAUAAGUCAUCUGCUGAACCAACUGCUCCUACUACAACUGUUGUUAACACCGUGAGGGAGAUUACUAGUGUUAAGAUGGUUAAAGUGGAUACAAGUUCAUCAGCUGAUGAAAUGAAGAGGAUACUAAAGAGUUUGAAUCAUUAUGAAGCGUUGGGGUUUUCUAGGCAUAAGAAGAUAGAUGAUGCUGUGCUUAAGAAAGAGUAUAGAAAGAAGGCAAUGUUGGUUCAUCCUGAUAAGAAUAUGGGAAGUCCUUUGGCGAGUGAAUCAUUCAAGAAACUUCAAUGUGCUUACGAGGUUCUUUCUGAUAUUGUAAAGAAGAGAGAUUACGAUGAGCAAUUAAGAAAAGAAGAGUCUAGGACCAGGAGUGUUUGUCAGACAUCUCAUGCUUCUUCACAUCAGAGUGGUGCUGGUUAUAGAGCAGAAGAGUCGAGGAGGAUACAUUGCACAAAAUGUGGUAAUUCACAUAUAUGGGUAUGCACCAGUAGGACUAAAGCAAAGGCAAGAUGGUGCCAGGAUUGUGGUCAAUAUCAUCAAGCCAAAGAUGGAGAUGGCUGGGUCGAACUCAAAGGAACAUUACCCUUUGAGAGAGCACAUAAGAUUGAGAUACCACGCGCUUUUGUUUGUGCGGAGAGCAAGAUCUUUGACGUCUCAGAAUGGGCCAUAUGUCAGGGAAUGGCGUGUAGACCAAACACGCAUAGGCCAAGCUUUCAUGUGAACAUGGUUGGGUUAGAGAAGACUACACAAAGAUCAAACUCGAGUAGGUUCCCAUGGGAUCUAGACGUUGAGAUGAUGGAUGAGGACGAAGAAGAGUUCGAGCUGUGGCUUCAACAAGCACUUGCUUCUGGUCUGUUUUGCGAGACCUCAAAACGCAGGAAAAGCUGGAGCCCUUUCAAGUUAAGCCAGAUGAAAAGCAAGAAACAGUGGCGAAGGACAUCCACUUGAUGAUGUAUGAGCUUAUUACCAAAGGGUACAAGAAUAGACAAAAUAGAAUUCACACAGCAAAGUGAAUGCAAAGAUCUGAGUAGCAAACUUUCUCUGUAAAUAGAAGCUGUUGGAGGAUUCUUGUUCACUUGUUUUCUUUUUUAGUCUUGUAAACUACUUUGAGCAAAAAAAGAGAAUUAAAGAAGCUGUUUACUUUUA